AUGCCGGAUGACAAAAGAAGCAUAGCACGGAUGAAUUUCAUAACUCCAUAUGUGUGGAAUAGUUUUGUAAAGGAGCAUAGCACGGAUGAAUUUAAGGAAAUAAGUGAGAAGGCAAGAAAGAGCCAGUCUUUCAACCAAUACCCGCAUCAUUUAGGAGCCAAGUCAUAUGGUGAAAUGGAUAUUGUAUGGAAAAGAAAAGGGUAUAUUCCUUCAUCAUCUACUAUUUCAUCUUGCUCUUCGGUUGUGUCUAGUUUGCCGGAUAGGACAUAUGCUUGGCUUUUAGCAAGAUCAAUAGAAGAUGAUAAGGGAAAUCAUUAUUUGCCUGAUCAGAAAACAAAAGAGGUGAAAGAAUCCAUUGAUGAUUGGAAAAAGCAACAAGCUGAAGGGAAAUUUGUUCCUAAUAGGAAUGAUGAUGUCUUGGCCCGUGCCCUUGGAAGAAAAGAUCGUUAUGGUCGGGCAAUAGCAUUUGGCAGUGGAGUUGGCAUUAAAGUUGUAUGGGGAUCAGGAGAGCGGCGUAGUGGCCGACGUGGUAUGCAAAUUGGAGAUGUUGAGUUGGAGGAAUUAGAGGCAAGAGUAACCCAAAGGGUGCGAGAUGAGACUGUACAGGAGAUGCAGUCCAAAGUGGAUUUCAUGGUUCAAGAGAAGUUUAUGUUUUUGGCUAAAGAGAUGGGUAUUCAAAUUACAACUAAAUUAAUAGAAUUGAAUAGCAUAGGCCAGGCUACUCCACAAAAUCGUAGUAGUUGUCACUCAGGUGGUGGUGAUGCUCCACUUGCAAACAUACAUGAUCCAUUUGCAAACAUACAGGUAUCUUAA